UGAGCUUCUCCUUCCCUUUUGCUUGCCAUGUCUCCAAUGGCUUUGGCUUUAGGAGGGGCUCUCUCCUGCUUUCCUCGCCUCCCAUGCUUCAACCUCUCGCCGGAGAAGAGGUUGGUAGCUGCCGGAAGGUCAAGUAUCACUUGCCGGGCUUCUAAAAGUGGAGAUUCCUACCCUUUUCCAGGGAAGCCAGAAGCAGACGUUUUAGUGAUUGGAAGUGGUAUUGGUGGACUAUGUUGUGCUGGACUUUUAGCUAGAUACAAACAAGAUGUUCUUGUCUUAGAAAGUCAUGAUCUGCCUGGUGGUGCUGCCCAUUCAUUCGACAUUAAAGGUUACAAAUUUGAUUCUGGCCCAUCCUUGUUCUCUGGAUUUCAGUCAAGAGGCCCUCAGGCAAAUCCUCUCGCACAGGUUCUUGAUGCAUUGGGAGAGUCAGUUCCAUGUGCAUCUUAUGAUUCAUGGAUGGUUUACAUACCAGAAGGUGAGUUCUUGUCCCGGAUAGGACCGACAGAGUUUCUAAAGGAUCUUGAAACAUAUGUUGGUCAGAAUGCAGUCAAUGAAUGGAACAAGCUUCUUGAUGCAAUUAUGCCGAUAUCUGCUACUGCAAUGGCAUUACCGCCUCUUUCUAUUCGGAGUGAUUUCGGUGUUCUCUCGACAGCAGCUGCCAGAUAUGCUCCCUCUCUACUGAAGUCAUUAAUCCAAAUGGGGCCUCAGGGAGCAUUAGGCGCUACCAAACUGUUAAGGCCCUUCUCAGAAAUCAUUGAUUCGCUUGACAUUAAAGAUCGUUUCAUUCGUAAUUGGGUAGAUUUAUUGGCUUUUCUACUUGCUGGAGUAAAAUCUAACGGUAUUCUUUCAGCGGAAAUGAUUUAUAUGUUUGCAGAAUGGUAUAAACCCGGGUGCUCGCUUGAGUACCCUCUUCAUGGAAGUGGUGCAGUGGUGAAUGCUCUUGUUCGAGGUUUGCAAAAAUUCGGCGGUAGACUUGGAUUAGGUACUCAUGUUGAAAAAAUCAUUGUGGAAAAUGGCCGAGCUGUUGGUGUCAAGCUAAGGACUGGUCAUAUUGUUCGCGCAAAGAAAGCUGUUGUUAGUAAUGCAUCAAUGUGGGAUACAUUGAAUCUUUUGCCGGACACCGUUGUCCCAAAAUCAUACCGAGAUAAGAUAGAAGCAACUCCCCAGUGUGAAUCAUUCAUGCAUCUGCACUUGGGUUUUGAUGCAAAGAUGGCGCAUGAAAGCCUGGGAAUCCAUCACAUUGUAGUGAAUGACUGGAGUAGAGGUGUUGACGCUGAUCAGAAUGUAGUUUUGAUUUCUAUACCAAGUGUGCUUAGUAAAGAUUUGGCACCGGCCGGGAAACAUAUCUUGCAUGCAUAUACACCAGGAACAGAACCUUACAAGCUAUGGGAAGGACUUGAUCGGCGAAGCACAGAAUAUAAAAAUCUAAAACGAGAACGAUCAGAGGUAAUGUGGAAAGCUGUCGAGCGAGUUCUCGGUCCCGGCUUUAGCCGUGAAGAUUGUGAGGUGAAGUUGGUCGGAACACCGCUAACUCACCAGAGGUUUCUGAGAAGGAAUAGAGGAACAUAUGGCCCUGCUAUAGAAGCAGGAAAAGCCGUAUUCCCGGGGCAUUCGACGCCCGUCCCUCAGCUCUUCUGCUGUGGUGAUUCUACUUUUCCCGGGAUCGGAGUUCCUGCAGUUGCUGCAAGUGGUGCCAUUGUUGCCAAUUCGCUGGUUUCAGUCGCCAAACACUCAGAGCUUCUCGACGCUGUUGGAAUUUGAUUACAGCAGUAAAUUUUUUCAUCGCGAUACAAUCUAUUCUUCAUUGUAACCUGUGGAAAUAUGAAUGAUACACCAAUAGAAAUUUACAUAAAAAGUUUACCAUAUUUUUUUCCUGCUACCA